AUGUCGGGAUUUGUAGUGCCAGAUCCUGCUGUGCGGAAUUCCGACAGCGACAUCGUUCAUCCCAUCAAGGUUGACGAGAGUGGGUCGUUCCUGUCCUAUGAUUUGUCUCACCGAGCCAUUCAUAGGAGGUCUCUUUCCCCCGGGAACAAUUUUCUCGCCUUUUAUGAGCUGCAAUACAAAGGACAAGCCCUGAAAUUCAACUUGAGCCUUAACAGCAACCUGCUGGCGCCGGGGUUCGUGAGCGAGCGGCGCUUCGGGGGCGUCGCGCGCGCCCAGAUCCGGCCCCGCGGCUCCGACUCCUGCCACAUGGUCGGGGAGGUCCAGGGCCGGGCGCCGACACGCGGCCCGGCGGCGCUCAGCACCUGCGACGGACUGCAAGGCGUCUUCCGCCUCCAGGACGAGGACUACUUCAUCGAGCCRCUGGCCGGCCGCUCCGGCGCGCCCGGCUCCGCGCAGCCCCACAGGAUUUACAAGCGGGAAGCCCCGGCGCGCGGCCGAGCGGGAGCGGCGCCGGGAGCCGGCCGGGAGCCCGCGCUGGGCGCAGCGUGUGGAGUCCAAGAAUCUCAGGAGAAUCUGGAGAGGUCUGAGAAGCGGAGGGAAAGAUGGGAACAGAAGCAGCAGCGGAGGAGAAGGAUAAAGCAGCGCUCCAUCAGCAAGGAGAAGUGGGUGGAGACGCUGGUGGUGGCAGACACCAAGAUGGUAGAAUACCAUGGGAGCGAGAAUAUAGAGAAGUAUGUGCUGACCGUGAUGAACAUGGUGGCAGGUCUCUUCCAUCACGCCAGUAUUGGGAACCCCAUCAACAUUGCUAUCGUGCGACUCAUCCUGCUGGAGGAGGAGGAGGAGGAUCUGAAAAUCUCCCACCAUGCAGACAACACCUUGAAAAGUUUUUGCAAAUGGCAGAAAAGCAUCAACAUUAAAGGAGAUUCCCAUCCAUUGCAUCACGAUGUGGCAGUCCUGCUCACGAGGAAGGACAUCUGCGCAGCGAUGAACAGGCCCUGCGAGACGCUGGGCCUGUCCCACGUGGCAGGAAUGUGCCAGCCCCACCGCAGCUGCAACAUCAACGAGGACACGGGGCUCCCGCUGGCCUUCACCGUGGCCCACGAGCUCGGACACAGUUUUGGGAUUCAGCAUGAUGGAAGCAGCAAUGACUGUGAGCCAGUUGGGAAAAGACCUUUCAUCAUGUCUCCACAGCUCCUGUACGAUACGUCCCCGCUCACCUGGUCGCGCUGCAGCAGGGAGUACAUCACCCGCUUCCUCGACCGGGGCUGGGGGCUGUGCCUGGACGACCCGCCGGCCCACGAGGUGCUCGACUACCCCUUGGUGCCCCCGGGCGUCCUCUACGACGUGGGCCACCAGUGCCGCCUGCAGUACGGCACCUACUCCACCUUCUGCGACGACAUGGACAGCGUCUGCAACACGCUGUGGUGCACGGUGGGGAACACGUGCCAUUCCAAGCUGGACGCUGCCGUCGACGGCACCACGUGCGGAGACAACAAGUGGUGCUUCAACGGCGAGUGCGUGCAGGUGGGUUUCCGCCCGGCGGCGGUCGAGGGCGCCUGGGCGGCCUGGAGCUCCUGGUCGCGGUGCUCGCGGAGCUGCGGCGCGGGCGUGCAGAGCGCCGAGAGGCACUGCAGCAACCCCACGCCCAAGUACGGGGGCAGGUACUGCCUGGGGGAGCGCAAGCGGUUCCGCAUCUGCAACGUGAAGCCGUGUCCCCCCGACACGCCGUCCUUCCGCCAGAUCCAGUGCAGCCAGUUCAAUCCCAUGCCCUAUAAAGGAAAGCUCUACAAGUGGACGCCAGUGCCAAACAACAUUAAUCCGUGCGAGCUGCACUGCCGGCCGGAGCACGAGUACUUUGCCGAGAAGCUGCGGGACGCCGUCAUCGACGGGACCCCGUGCUACGAAGUGAACGCCAGCCGGGACAUGUGCAUCAAYGGGAUCUGCAAGAAGGUGGGCUGCGACUACGAGAUCGACUCCAGCGCGGUGGAGGACCGGUGCGGCGUGUGCCACGGCAAYGGCUCCACGUGCCACACCGUGCAGAGGACAUUUGAGGACAGCGAGGGGCUGGGGUAUGUUGAUAUUGGGAUUAUCCCCGUCGGAGCCCGGGAGAUCAGGAUUGAAGAAGUGGCAGAGGCAGGGAACUUCCUGGCCCUGCGCAGCGACGACCCGGAGAAGUACUUCCUGAACGGCGGCUGGACCAUCCAGUGGAACGGGGAUUACAAAGUGGCUGGCACUACCUUCACCUACGCAAGGACGGGGAACUGGGAGAACCUCACGUCGCCAGGGCCCACCGUGGAGCCSGUGUGGAUCCAGCUGCUGUUCCAGGAGAGGAACCCGGGCGUGCGCUACCAGUACAYGGUGGCCAGGGAGGCGGAGAGCGGCCACGGGCCGGCGCGGGCCGAGUUCCUGUGGCGCUACGGCUCCUGGACGGCCUGCACGGCCACCUGCGGCUCCGGGCUGCAGAGGCAGACGGCGCGCUGCGUGGAGCGGCUGGCCGGCAUCGUGGAGGAGAGGCACUGCGACGCGCGGAGCCGGCCCGACGACCUGCAGCGCGCCUGCAGCGAGGAGCCCUGCCCCGCCAGGUGGUGGGUUGGCGAGUGGCAGAAAUGCUCCGCCACGUGCGGCGAGGCCGGCGUCAUGAGGAGGACGGUGCUCUGCAUCCAGAGCGUGGGCAUGGACGAGCAGAGGGCUUUGCAGCCGGCAGACUGCCAGCACCUGCCCAGGCCCGAGGCCACCGCGCCCUGUCACAGGGAGGUGCCCUGUCCCUCCCGGUGGACUGCUGGCAACUGGUCCCAGUGUUCGGUGACAUGCGGAAACGGGACACAAAGGCGCCCUGUUUUCUGCAGCAACAAUACGCGAGCAACUUGUGAUCCUGCCCAAAGACCAACCUCGGAAGCUGUUUGCUCUUUGCAGCAGUGCCAGAAGAAAUCAGAAAACCCCAACACUGACUGGUCUGGCAGCGGGUCUUCCAGCAGAGAAAUAUUGAAUGAAAUACAUUACAUUCCCAAUAACCAUAUUGCUAAAUUUAACCCCUUUAUUCCAAGUAUUCCGGAGUCCAAUGAUAUCAUAACUGAGGAGGACUUUUCAUCCAGGAAGGGAAAUUUCUUUGUGGAUGACUUUUAUUACGAUUAUAAUUUCAUCAAUUUCCACGAGGAUCUGUCUUAUGAUCCGUUCAUUGAAAAAGACACGGAAAGUGAGGGAGCAAAGCCGGAGCUGAGCACCAACAACGUGGAAGAUGCUCGGGGGGUGCCUGCCGAUGACCUGCACCCGCUAAAGCCUGCAGGAGCCAAGGAGGAAAAUGCAGUGGGCAGUGAAGCAAGUGCUCCUGCUGCAGGGCAUGGGGAAGAGGAGAAGGAGCCGGGCGGCCUGCUCGGGAACGACCUCCCUGUCGUGGCCCCGGAGCACGGGGUUAUCAGGACGGCUGCUCCCGGCUAUGAGGAUCCCUACGGUGCAAGUGCUGAGAGGGGAGAAACACYGAGAAACUCCGGAGACCUCCCUGGCAUCCAGAAGCCACACGAGUCUGUAACCAGCGCUGAUAACCUGCCCGCUGAUAACGCCCCGAGGGCCGUGCUGACAGGYACCACUUCCAGGCAGGACCUGCCAGGCAGCAGCCUCCCCACCACAUUCCCUUAUCUGGCCAUUCCCACCCCGCCGGGGCCCGUGGGCAGGGGCAGCACUGGAGGGGACGAUGCCCAGGACGGGCUCAAACGCAGGGAUGAGGUUGGGAGCGAAGAGGCGGAUCACAGAAGUGCAGAGGCUCCUGGUGACGCCGGCAGCGAGGAGCGCCCUUGGACUGGCACUGCUUGGAAAGGCCACGAACGCUCCCGCAAGGAGGGUUUUGUCCUCCUUGGUGACGGUAACGCCGCUACCUCCAGCCCCAGGGAGCAGGGAGCGUGGGCAGGGAGUGUGCCAGCCGGGGAGGCUGCGAGCACGGGCACCACGGCAGCGCCCAAGGASCCUCCAGGGCCUCUCCCGGCCGUGCCGAGACCCGAGCAGGAGACGGUCAAGGCCAGCGAGGAGCCCGAUCCCGGUGCAAUUCCCCAUCCCAGCCCGGGCAGCAGCGAGCCAGGGACUGGCAGGGUCCCCACAGUGGCACUGGGUCUCCAACCAGAGCCCCACGGUGCCACUGCGGUGCCCUGGGCCACGCCAGUGACCAUGGUGGCCCUCCCAGCAGCAGCAUCCCUGCCUCCCCACGUACCGGCACCAGCUCCUGGCCUCACAUCCAGGGAUGCAGCCCCGCAAGGUGCCCCCACGCCACCCGUGCUGAUGCCUCCGCACCCGAGCCCCGCUGCGCGCCCAGCAGCGGUGCCACCCGCCGAGCCCACCCCAGCACCAUGGGCCGCGCGGGGACCCGACGAUGCGGUGAUGGAGCCGGUGUCCCCGAGCACGCGGCAGGCGCCCGGUGCAGCCCAGCCCAGCAGUGCUACCCCACGGCACCACUCGCCACGGGGAACCCCAGGGACACUUGAGGAUGGCGGCGGGGAGCGCGAGAUASCCCAGGCCACCCGCAGCCCCCAGCGGCACUGGGACACGGAGAGGAUGGAGGAGGAGGUGGGGGAUUCCUCGCGCCUGCCGUCGACCACCACAGCAGCGCCUGCAGCGCCCCGCUGGGAGGUUGGGAACUGGAGCGAGUGCUCUGCCACGUGCGGCGUGGGCGCCAGCUGGAGAGCCGUGCGCUGCAGCUCGGGCAGCAGCGAGGACUGCGUCGCGGCCAACAAGCCUGUCCCUGCUCGGAGGUGCUCCCUGAGACCGUGCGCGUCGUGGCACGUGGGCAACUGGAGUAAGUGCUCCAGAAACUGCGGCGGGGGCUGGAAGGUGCGGGACGUGCACUGCGUGGACACGAGGGAGCAGCGGCUCCUGCGGCCCUUCCACUGCCAGCCCGUGCUCCACAAGCCGCCCGCGCGGGCUCCGUGCCAGAGCCAGCCCUGCCUGCACUGGUACACGUCCUCCUGGCGAGAGUGCUCCGAGUCGUGCGGCGGCGGGGAGCAGCAGCGCUUGGUGACGUGCCCGGAGCCGGGGCGCUGCRAGGACACCCUGCGGCCCAACAGCACGCGACCCUGCAACACCCACCCCUGCGCCAGAUGGGUGGUUGGAUCCUGGGGACAGUGCUCGGACACCUGCGGCGAGGGCGUCCAGCGGCGCCAGGUGAAGUGCAUGGACACCAGGACRGGGGCCGAGGAGGACAGCAGCCUCUGCGAGCACGAGCGCCGGCCCGAGAGCACGCGGCAGUGCAGCCCGCAGGACUGCGAAAGCGCCGAGGCGGGCCCCGCGUGCCAGCGCGCCCGCCCGAGCUCCGCACCGUGCCGCCCGCCGCGCCGCUGA